AUGACUAGCUUGAAGGUGUUUUUCGCCGUCUACUUGCUAGGUGGUAUCACGUUUUUGCCCUUGGUCCUUUUCACCGCUUAUAAAGUCCAUUUAUUGUACAGUAACUUUAAAUCCGCAUUAGAAGAAGAGGAAGAUCGUGAUGAUAAAGAUAGGCUAUUGACUCGCGGCAUACGCCCGGAUUUCAAAGCUGGUAAGCUAGAAGAGCUGUCCGGUGUAAAAGUAGUUAACAAGGGCUGGAUCACUUUGACUAAGCAAUAUUACUACCAUUCUUCAGAGGUGGCCAUAAUUCUGAAAAAUUCUAACAACAACAAGGAUUCUGAUGUUGUUCAGCAAGAACAGAUCUUGCAAAGAACAGAACUGAAAAAAAAGCAACGAUUCUUCGCGGUGCUAAGACACGGCAAUCUGUUUUUAUACAAAGAUGACACUCAGAAUGCAAAUCUGGUUCAUGCCAUAUCUUUACAGGAUAAAUUCGUAACCAUUUGGCCCCGUUACGAUGAAACGGGUAAAAAUGAACUACCCGAUGCUUCCCUUUUCACAAAGAGAACCUGUAUUGCCAUCUUCAAAAACGACCUCGUUUCCAUAGAUUCCAAAAACCAUAAUGUCAUCUUGCCGCAUUUCGACCCACUUACCAGUGUGGAAUCGAACAAUGGGGAUAUAUCCAACAACGAUGCCACACACGAAAAUCAGUCACCGUUUCAUAACUCGAAUCAGUUCUUCUUGUAUUUCGAAAAUAACAUGGAUAAGGAAGAUUGGUAUUACCAAUUGAUCAAUACCUCGAAAAACAAUAAUACUGCCCCAACCAAUUUGCUGAACCCUAAUGUUUCUGCCAACACCGCCCAUUUAAAAACCAAAGAUAUGUUGCAACUGAUUCAAGACAUCAACUCUACUGAGAACCAAUUGACUACUAAAUGGUUAAAUGCUCUCCUUGGUAGGCUUUUUCUUUCCUGGCAACAAACUGACAGCUUAAAUCAACAUAUUCUUGAAAAAAUCUUCAAAAAAUUAAAUAAAAUAAAGACUCCGGGGUUUUUAGACGAUUUGGUCGUUGAGAAAGUUGAUGUGGGUGACAGUGCCCCCCUGUUCACAUCUCCUAAACUGCUAGAGUUGUCUCCAGAGGGCUCCACUAAGUUUUCUAUUGAUGUCCAAUACAGGGGAAACCUGACAAUUAUUAUCGCUACAAAGGCAAGUAUCAACCUAGGGUCUCAUUUCAAGCAAAGAGAAGUUUCGUUACAGCUAUCCAUAAAAAUCAAAGAACUUUCCGGCCCACUUUUGUUUUUGAUCAAACCGCCUCCAUCAAACAGAAUUUGGUAUGCCUUCCAAAAUGAGCCAAUAAUGGACUUCGAGAUUGAGCCGAUUGUAAGUUCGAGCAAAUUGUCGUACAAUGUCGUUACUAAUGCCAUCAAAAGCAAGUUUGCUGAAGCUAUGAAGGAGUCCUUAGUUGUUCCGUUUAUGGAUGACAUUGUCUUUUACCCAACUCCUAAUGAAAUCUACAGAGGUGGUAUUUGGGAGGAACAUGACUCUGAAGUAAAAGCAAACGUUUCCGUUACCGCUGAGACUCCAGGUACUAAUACAAGUGCUAAGGCGCAUUUGGCAGCUGUUCAAGAAAAUGGAACGAAAUCUUAUAGGAAAAUUAAAAGAGUUUCAAGAACAGAAAGAAAGAAAGAAAAGUUAAAAGGCAUUGUUGACAGUACAUCUGCGAUAGCGGCGAAAACAACCACCCAGACAACAGUCACUGCACCAACGAAUGACGACGUUUCCAGUUCUGAAAACUCCACUAAAUCAAGAAAGUAUUUCAAAAAUUCAAUCAAAAAAAUUGGUAAAUGGUACAAAGACAAUGUUGGAAAUUCAAGUGACACUGAAGACAUAGAUGAUUUAGACAUCCAAGAUAGGAAGGAUGAUGACUCUGCUGAUGAAAAAGAACCAGGUACUCCCUUACUAACUUCCAGCCCUAAAAUGAUUUCGAAUAGAAGGCCUGUACCUAGGAGACCUUCACAGCAGGCGUUGAACUUACCAUCUUCAAAUGUUGAAGGCAAAAAGGAAACAGAACCAGAAAAUUUCCCAGUUCCGCCUUCGUCAUCAAAUACAAAUGCUUCAGAAAUGUUUGCUAAUAAAGAGAAUAGGCAAUUUUCUGUAUCCUCAAAGGACUCUCAAAAUGCACCUUCAAAUGGGGAAUCCAAAACCUCAAAACUUGAAGGCUCUCAAGCUUUUGUCAAAAAGACUUCCCCAAAUCGCUUCAAUGACGAGUUUUUCAAGCAAGAUAUGGAAUUCGAAAAUCAACGAGAGUAG